UCGUGUUGAGAAUUGACUAGUCUAAGAUUAGUAUGAAGCAACCCGGGUACUCUAGAAGCAAAUCCCCCAAUAUGCACAAGCCAAAGUUCAAACACUGGUGCUGGCUAAACGCUGGGAAAGAGAAGAAGUGGAUUCUCCCCGUAAAUUUCAGGUCCUCAACCAAGAAAUUCGCACCAAAAGUAGGUGAAAAGUCAAAUCAAAGCAUUAAAUCCACGGCGGUCCCGCAGAACCUGGAAAAACCUCGGUUUCCUCCGACUAUUAACCCACGAACUGGGAGGAGGGAGGUGUAGAGAGAGAGAGAGAGAGAGAGGGAGAGAGAUGGACCUCGCGAGGGGUUCACUGCCGUUUAUGGGGAUGAUAAUGGUGGUCCUGGUUCAAACGAGCAACAUGGUGGUGACGAAAAUGGCCAUGUCCGAUGGGAUGAACAAGUAUACCAUGGUCUUCUACAGUAACGCCCUCUCCUCUCUCGUCCUUCUUCCUUGUCCCCUCAUCAUCUCUCGCAGGCCAGGAUCGUGUCCUCCUCUCACUUUCUCUGUCCUUCGAAAGAUCUUCUUGAUCGCUCUAAUUGGACUCGCCUGCCAGAUGUGCGAGUAUGUCGGCAUGGAUUACAGCUCCCCUGUUCUGGGCAUGGCCAUGAUGAACCUCAUCCCAGCUUUCACUUUCAUUCUCGCCAUUAUUUCAAGGAUGGAGAAAGUGAACUGGAAAAGCUCGAGCAGCCAAGCUAAGCUUGUGGGAACCAUUACAUCAAUUCUUGGUGCAUUCGUAGUCACUCUCUACAAGGGUCCGCCGAUUUUCCUUUCACCUUCGCCUCCUCCUGUCCAACCUCCUCACCUUCUUUUUCUUCUCUCGAGACAAUCGAAUUGGAUCCUUGGCGGGUUUCUCCUUGUGGCCGAAGCUUUCUUGAUAUCAUUAUGGUUCAUUGGACAGGCAUUUAUCCUCAAAGAUUAUCCCGUGGUGAUGAACUUAAUGUUCUAUUCAACGUUCUUUUCGACUGUUCUUUCCGGGCUGUUGUCCUUUGUUACAGUGAGAGAACCGCAGUUUUGGAUUUUGAAAGUCAAUAUAGGUCUAAUUUCUAUAUUAUACUCGGCUCUGGUUUCUGGCGUCUUCAGAGCCUCAUUAUGUACAUGGUGCCUGAAAAAAACUGGACCUGUUUAUGUCUCCAUGUUCAAGCCCUUGGGAGUUGUAUUUGCUGCCGGAUUGGGGUUCAUAUUUCUUGGCGAGAUGUUAUACCUCGGAAGCAUAAUCGGAGCGAUCGUGAUUGUGAUGGGAUUCUACGGGGUGAUGUGGGGAAAGUCCAAAGAGGAAGAGACGACGAUCGAGGGCAGUGGGGUUGGGGAGAGCUUGGCGUCCUCCGUCCAUAAGACUCCUCUGCUCCAAAACAAAGCUUCAAGCGUGUAGAUAUUCUUGGCAACAUAAAGAAAAAAGAAGGAAAAAGACGGAAAUUUGUACAUAUUAUUAAGGCGUAGCCUUUUGUCUUUGGAAAUUAAUUCGAGAUGACUAUUCCAACAAGAACUAGAUGUGGAAAUGCUAAGAUAGGGACAAAUUUCGAUUGCGGUAUGCAAUCUGGUGCACAUAAAUUAACGUGUAUGCCCACUUUGAAAAACUUGUAUUUAGAUCUUUUGAGAAAUGAAGGAAAAUUAUUUAAAAAGUUCUAAACU